AUGAGUUUCUUGCCUAAGGGAAUUAAUUCUUCUUUUAUGAUGUUAGUUUCUAAGGUGGCGGGUUCGUCUAACAUGAAGGAUUAUCGUCCCAUUAGCUUAGUAAAUGGUUUGUUCAAGUUGCUCUCCAAGACCCUCUCUCGGAGAUUAGCACCUUUGCUUUCUAAUGUGGUGUCAGAUAAUCAACAUACGUUUUUGAAAGGUAGAAGCAUUUUGGAGUGUUCUAUGAUAACCAAUGAACUUGUUCAUAUAGCUACAAGGAGGAAGGAGAAAUUGCUUGUUCUUAAGCUAGACAUCCAUAAGGGUUUUGACAACAUUGUAUUAGAAAUAUUGGUGGGAGUAAUUGAUUUUAUAUAG